AUGCAUAAAGGUCGAUCACGUACCUCUGAUGUAUACAGAGUUGAACAUCUCGUGGAUAAACGAAUACGUGGGAAUCGUACAGAAUAUCUAGUAAAAUGGAAAAAUUGGUCUGAUGAGCAUAAUACAUGGGAACCAGCAAAAAAUAUAUUGGACAAACGAUUAAUUGAAUCAUACGAAAGACGAGAGAAACGUAAAAAAAAUCAAUUAGCAUCGUCAUCAUCCUCGACACCACGUGAUAGAAGUCAUAGUACAGAAAGUCAACGAUCGCCUUUACAUUCUCCAGAGAGACACCAACAGCAGCAGCAACAGCAACCACAACAACAUGUGAAAUCUGAAGAGAAUUUAAAUUUACACGAAUCUUCAUCAUUGUCGCCUAUUAAAUCCAGUCUAGCAUCAAUUGAUCCAAUCCUUUCAACAUUUCUUCCACCUAAUAUUAGUACUGGUAGUACCAGUUAUAAUUCAGACCUACCACUCAUUAGUAGUAGCAGUCAAUCAAUAAAAUCUCCACAUGCCUCAUCAACUACUACGUCAAUUGAUUCUACGCCAAGUCAAUGGGAAUUAAGCGAGUUAUGCUAUGAUCGCCGUUUUCGACGGACUACGCUAUUGGUUGCUGCUGCGUCGGCAUCAGCUGCGAAUGCAGCAGCAGCAUUAGCACAUUCUAGGCAAUCUGGAAGACAAGCACAACACUCGAGUACAACUGGGUCGAGUACUGGUCAUACAACAGCAACAACAACAACAACUCCUGCCUCUACUACUAUUACUAAUACUGCGAGCAAUACUAAUAUUAUUAGUACUACGGCUAGUAUAGAAAAUACCAAUUCUACUGUCAGUUUACAAGCACAAUCAAAAAUGACUAAAACAGAAGCCAUAACAACACCACUUUCAGAUGAAAAUAUCGAAGCAAGACCAAAAAUCCGUUUAACAAUCCCACGUGAUCGAAUCCUACCAUGUCCACCAAUCGGUGUAUCGAGUAACUCGUCAGCCUCUUCAGCUAAUAAUACAUCAAUCAAUAGUUCUUCGUCAUCAUCAUCAAAUCAAUGUCUAGAUGAUUCUGAUCAUUCAAUAUCAAUGACUGAGUCAACCUCUGUUCGACACGAUGUUAACACCAGUGGAUUAUUUGUUGCCCCGGUGGAAUUACCUCGACGAUGUUAUAAUACAGCAACAGCCCUGUCACCACAUUCACUAAUGAAUCCAACAGGUGGAAUGCGUUUACCUGACAUACAGAUAGACAAUCGUAGUCACUUGCACGAUUACGAGACAAGUAAAUCUCCAAAAUGGAAUAAACAGUCGCCGUGUACAAAAUAA